AUGUCUGACUUACACACGAGGGUCGAGGCGCUUUCCGGCCGGGCCGAGUCGAAUACCUCUACGAUAGCACAAUCCUCUUCUGCCCCAGCGCCAGGGCACCCUCCUGAAGCUGCACCUCAUACUGUCAGCAGCGGUGGCGACGUGAAUAUGGAAUCUCAGAAUUCCAACCAUGCGGACGCACACCCUCCUGAAGCUUCCCGGGAAGCUGAUGACGACAAGGACUCGGGAUAUAAGGAUCUCAGCCAUGCGCAAAUCUUGGAUUUAAUCCAGGCGAUUAAUAAUGCUCCAAACGACGCCAGUGAAAUUAGGCGUGUAUGGGAAUCAAAGAUCCCUGCGAAUAUGUCCAUGACGUACAAGCAACUGAAAAGAAUUCUUCAUCCCGACAGUCAUGCAGAUCCAGAGGAGAAGAAAAACGCACAAAACGCUUUUCAAUGUGAGAGACUACCAACCGGUGCAUGA